AUGUCAGAAGAAGAACAAAGACCGCCUGCAGAGGAAGAAGCCGGAGCCCCCGGUGGAGAACUCACCGAUGCCGAUUUCGAUUCCAACUGGGACGAGGCCAUUGAAACUUUCGAUGGUAUGGAUUUGCCUGAAGAGCUCCUCCGUGGUAUCUACUCUUACGGUUUCGAGAAGCCUUCCGCUAUCCAGCAAAGAGCCGUCAAGCCCGCUAUGAUGGGAAGAGACUUGAUCGCUCAAGCCCAAUCCGGAACGGGUAAAACCGCCACGUUUGCCAUUGGCUCCCUUGCCAAGGUUGACCGCAAUCUUCAAGAGUGCCAAGCCUUGAUCCUUGCCCCCACCCGUGAGUUGGCCCAGCAAAUUCAAAAGGUCGUUCUCGCUUUGGGAGACUACAUGGAAAUUAAGGUCCACGCCUGUGUCGGAGGUACCGCUGUCCGUGACGACAUCCGAACUCUCCAAGCUGGUGUCCAUGUUGUCGUCGGAACUCCAGGGCGUGUGUUCGAUAUGAUCAACCGUCGUGCCCUUAGACUCGAUAGCAUCCGUCAAUUCUUCCUAGACGAGGCCGAUGAGAUGCUUUCCCGUGGUUUCAAGGACCAAAUCUAUGAUAUCUUCAAGUUCCUUCCCGAAUCGGUUCAAGUUUGUCUGUUCUCAGCUACCAUGCCUCUGGAUGUCUUGGAGGUUACCGAAAAGUUCAUGCGUGAGCCUAUUCGUAUUUUGGUCAAGAAGGAUGAAUUGACACUUGAGGGUAUCAAGCAAUUUUACAUUGCUGUUGACCGUGAGGAGUGGAAGCUUGAAACUUUGUGUGAUCUUUACGAAACUUUGACUAUCACCCAAGCUAUUAUUUACUGCAACACCAGACGCAAGGUCGACUGGUUGCAAGAGGAGAUGCAAAAGCGUGACUUCACCGUCUCGUGUAUGCACGGAGAUAUGGACCAAAGGGAGCGUGAUAUCAUUAUGCGUGAAUUCCGUACUGGAUCUUCCCGUGUUUUGAUCACAACAGAUUUGUUGGCCCGUGGUAUUGAUGUCCAACAAGUGUCUUUGGUCAUCAACUUUGAUCUUCCAACAAACAGAGAAAAUUACAUCCAUCGUAUCGGUCGUUCGGGACGUUUCGGUCGUAAGGGUGUGGCCAUCAACUUUCUCACAGAGGGCGACGUUCGUUAUCUCCGUGAUAUCGAGCAAUUUUACACUACCGAGAUCAGUGAGAUGCCUAUGGACGUUGCUGACCUUAUUUAA